GUUGAACAGUAAUAUCGAGCAAUAUACGAACCAUGUUCUAUUACCAUUGUGUAAUUACUAUCAAGAUCUCACUCCAUUAAAGUACUAUAUGUUUAGUGAUUUGACUGUCGGAUUAGCAAAGUAUAAGCGGUGGUUCACUAUCAUCAAGUCAAUUGUUCAUUCUGAGUUCACCCUGGAUGAUUAUAGGGAGAUAAUUGAGUGGUAUAUCAUUAGUUGUUACUAUUAUGCCCAUAAAGAAGAUAGCCUACCUUCGAUUGAAAUUAUCAACAUUUAUGAUGUGAUUUAUGACACGUUAUCAUUGUUUGACCAACCAGUAAGUGUUUCCGACUUGUCAUGUGCUGAUUUCAUAGGCUGUGACAUAGACAUUCCCCAACAACUAUCCACUGAUUCCUUCAAGAAAGUUGUAUCCACCUGUCAAAACUUGUUCCCGAUUACCAAGCUCACCAUUGUGAAAUAUUUACAAUACAAUCAAUCAGUCAAUAAUAAAGAUAUUACCAAGCUUAUCAGCACGCUUAACCACACCAACUAUCACCAGUUGAUGCCGGCUAUAACUGCCUUGAAGCUGCAGUUCAACUUGGAUCAUGGUUUGAUUAACAAGUUGAUUAUCGAACGACUUCUUGCCUCUAACUUGUUUGACGAGGUCAAAGAAUAUCAGAGCGAAUUAUCCAGUGAUGAAUUCUUCUCGUUGGUAAUUGACAAAUUCUGGACUUCAUUUAAUUCAGCCACUAACUUAAACGACAAGAUUGGUCAUUUACACGAAUCGAAACAAUGCCUUGACUUGAGCGAUAGUUUACAACUCAAUGAAGAGAACCACGACUUGAUUGUCCGAUUAAAGCACUUGUUCAAAGCCAUGACAAACCUCAAGAACUUCAAGAUUGUGGUUGACAAAAGCAAGCCGUUCACACCUGGCCAAUUACUCAGUUUCAAAGACGACUUAAUUGGACUUAUUACUGUGAUUCUCCAACAAAACCCCAAGUCAUACCUUGCAUUCGAGAAGUUGUUCAAAAUAAUCAACGACCUCGCACUUUAUUUCCAAGCAGAAGGCGAUUUCUUCAAUAAGGUGAAGAUCGCUUGUAUUGAGUCCAGUCUUAUCGACGACAAUUUCGAAUACGCAUAUACUCACACCAAGCAAUUGUUUACUGUAAACGUUGAUGAAUUGUGGAUUAUAUUUUACCAAGUGGGCAAGUACAUUUCUCCAAAUUGGACAGAGCCGAAUAUAAAUGUAUUGGUUAAACAACGGGAAAUUCUUUCUUUGACAUUGAAACAUAUCUCGGAGAAUAACAAGAUAAUAUUGGAUCAGUGGGAGAAGGUAAACUCCCAGAUUGAAGAAUAUAGUGAACAAGUGUUGAAUGUUAGUGAGAGCAAAGAGGCCAGUAGCGAUGAUAUUGUUGAGAAUAUUAGUACGGAUAAGAUUUCCAAUUUGUUGGUUUCUGGGUUAGGAUGGGCUAUUGGAGCUCAUCACAGAUGAGUCAGCUACGACAUUUCCUUCAAGGAGUUUAACCUGGAAGAUAAAUAGGAAUAUGCAUUAAUCCAUAGAGUACAUCGAAAGUAAUAUUAUGUAGCAGCACUGAAUUUCCUACGACAAUACAAUCAAUUG